AAUGGAAAUGUCUGUCUUCCUCCACUUCUUUUUUCCUCUCAUACACAGAACAGAAAAGUUCUGUGAAUCAAGAUAUUUGUUGCUUGAAUGUGCAGGAGCUGUCUGUAACAACUGAGCUGGGCCAGGGUGAGGUUGUGGGGAAAUAGGAAAUGAAAACCUUUUCAGCCCAAAGAAUUCAUACAAUGGCAAAAAACCAAAGCAAACCAAAGCUAAAUAUAGUGGGGCCCGUGAGUUCACUUGGACUUCUGGUGAAUGUUUGUGGCGGAAAAAAAGUUGGUGUUUUAUAACAAAGAACAACAAAAGUGCUGCUGUUGAUGUGCUGCUUUAGGAGGAUUCUUGCUGGGGUGUUGGGAUAAGAAGAGACAGUGACAAGCCCUGAGGUGGCUUUUUAGCUUAGAAACAUUUAUUUAAAGAAAUAAAGUGUCUUUUAAACUUGACACAUCAGCUGGAGCAGCAUGUCCCAGCAUAAUGUCUGGGAUUUACUGGUUUGUGCAGGUUUUGGGAUAAAGUCACAUGGUGGGGUUCAGGGAAUUUUCUUGGGGAAUCAUGGUUGGCCCGUAGCAGCAGGCAGGACUGUGGGAUGUGUGUGGAGUUAGGGUUGAUCUCGGCCUGUCUUCCCUCAUCGGCUGCACCUCUGUCUGCUGGCAACAAUUCCCCUCACUUGGCUUCUGCCUUCCAGUGCGUGGGCUGGGAUUCCAAAGAGUCCUGACAUGACAUUUUGUAUUUGCUGGGACUGGGGCUGUUCAGGCAUUUUCCUUCACAGGAUGGGAGACCUUCCCCAGCAGUUCCUGUUUGCUCCAUAGUUUUUAGCAGGUCCCCAGACACACAUCACAGCAGUGAUGGAUGCACUGUUUCCCUGCUCUGUUUUUCUCUGUUUGGGGCAGAUGGGUGGUGCCGAAGCCAUUGGCUUCUCAGCACGGGCAGCAUGGCAAUGCCUGGGAAUGCUGCAGCCAACUGCUGCCCAUGGGAGGUCAGUUUUGAGCAGCUCUAGCAAUGCAGUUAGCAUGGGUGCGCACUUUGUGCUGGGUCCCAUGCCCAGGAGCCACCCUUGGUGAUGCCACAGUAGAUACAGACACCCACCUGUGUCACUCUGCCCGCAGCCCACCAGCGGAAAUAGGCACUGGGGCAAACCCUGAGUCAGUGCUGAAGGGAAGUGGUGGUCCCCAGCAUGCCAGGUGCUGUGCCCAGGGAUGCAUACAAAAACUUGCUUUGCACAGAGCCAGAAUAUCCUGUCAAGAGUCAGGGCCAUGCAUGGCACAUACUGAAUCUCACCCCUCAAUGCUUUCACCCUUUCUGUUUGUUCUCUCCCCAGACUCCAAAGUCUUUCUCAUCUACAACACGGGCACGCAGGGCUGCCUGGAGACCAAGGACUCGCUGGUGCGACUGGCCAAGGGCUGCAACGCCAGUUCCACAGCCCAGCAGUGGAAAUGGGUCUCCCGAAAUCGCCUCUUCAAUGUGGGGGCCAUGCAGUGCCUGGGAGUAUCAUGGCAUGGGACCAAUGCCACAGCAGGGCUGCACCUCUUGGCCACCUACGAGUGUGACCGUGAGUCAGUCAACAUGCGCUGGAGCUGCCGCGGGCUCGGGGAGCAGCUCUCGCAGCAUCUGGGUGCCCGCCUGGGCAAUUCCUCCCUGGACAGGGGGGACCAGGUGCAUGGCUCACAGUGGAGGACGUACGGCACCGAGGAAGAUCUGUGCUCCAUGUCCUACUCUGAGAUUUACACCAUCCAGGGCAACUCCCAUGGGAAGCCCUGCACCAUCCCCUUCAAGUACGACAACCAGUGGUUUCACGAGUGCACCAGCACAGGACGGGAGGAUGGGCACCUCUGGUGUGCCACCACCCAGGACUAUGGCAAGGAUGAGCGGUGGGGCUUCUGCCCCAUAAAGAGCAAUGACUGUGAGACCUUUUGGGACAAGGACCACCUCACAAACAGCUGCUACCAGUUCAACUUCCAGUCCACCCUGUCAUGGCAGGAAGCCUGGAAUAGCUGUGAGCAGCAAGGGGCCAACCUGCUGAGCAUCACAGAGAUCCAUGAGCAGACCUACAUCAAUGGUCUGUUGACUGGGUACAGCUCUACGCUCUGGAUUGGCCUGAAUGACCUGGACAUCAAUGGAGGCUGGCAGUGGUCAGACAACUCACCCCUCAAGUACCUCAACUGGGAGAAUGACCAGCCUGACAACCCCAGUGAGGAGAACUGCGGGGUGAUUCGCACCGAGUCAUCCGGGGGAUGGCAGAACCGCGACUGUGGCAUCGCCCUCCCCUACGUCUGCAAGAAGAAGCCCAACGCCACGGCUGACCCCUUCCUGGCGGACUCGUGGUCAGAGGUGAAGGUGGACUGUGAGCCCAGCUGGCAGCCCUUCCAGUCCAACUGCUACCGACUGGUAGGAGAGAAGAAGAGCUGGCAGGAGGCGAAGAAGACCUGCCUGCGGAGUGGGGGUGAUUUGGUCAGUAUCCACACGCUCUCUGAGCUGGAAUUUGUCACCAAGGAGAUCAAGCAAGAUGUGGAGGAGCUCUGGAUUGGCCUAAAUGACCUCAAGCUGCAAAUGAACUUUGAGUGGUCAGAUGGGACACCUGUGAGGUUCACGUACUGGCACCCCUUUGAGCCUAACAACUUCCGUGACAGCCUGGAGGACUGUGUUACCAUCUGGGGACCGGAGGGGAGGUGGAAUGACAGCCCCUGUAACCAGACCCUGCCCUCCAUCUGCAAAAAGCCUGGUCGGGUGAGCCAGGAGAAGGAGGAGGAUGACCACGGGUGCCGAAAGGGCUGGAAGUGGCACAGCCCAUCCUGCUUCUGGCUGGGCGAGGACCAUGUCCCCUACAGAGAUGCCCGCAAGACAUGCUCUGACUACAGCUCCACGCUGGUUACCAUCACCAACAGGUUCGAGCAGGCAUAUGUGAGCAGUCUCAUCUAUGGCUGGGAUGGGGAGUAUUUUUGGACAGCUCUGCAGGACAUCAAUGAGACAGGUGCAUUCCACUGGCUGAGUGGUGAUGAGGUGACGUACACUCACUGGAACCGCAACCAGCCUGGUUACAACAAGGGUGGCUGCGUGGCCCUGGCCACUGGCAGCUCCAUGGGGCUGUGGGAGGUGAAGAACUGCAGCACUUUCAAGGCCAAGUACAUCUGUCGACAGAACUUGGGCACCCCAGUGAAUCCUGAACUGCCCAGUCCUUUCCCCACGCCCAGCCUCACUGCCAACUGCCCCCCAGGAUGGAGCUCCAACCCCAAACUUCGUCACUGCUACAAGGUAUUCAACUUCGAAAAGCUGCAAGAGAAGAAGACGUGGAUCGCUGCACAGGAAUUCUGCCGGGAGCUGGGAGCCCAGCUGCUCAGCCUAGGCAGCUAUGAGGAGGAGCAUUUUGUUGCCAACACCCUCAACAAGAUUUUUGGGGAGUCAGAACCGGAGCUUCAUGAGCAGCACUGGUUCUGGAUUGGCCUGAACCGGCGGGACCCUGCUGGGGACCAGAGCUGGAGGUGGAGCGACGGGCUGGGGUUCUUCUACCACAACUUUGACCGCAGCAACUAUGAUGAUGACGACAUCCGGAGCUGCACAGUGCUGGAUCUAGCCUCCCUGCAGUGGAUGCCGAUGCAGUGUGAAGCCCAGCUGGACUGGAUCUGCAAACUGCCCAAAGGUGCCGAUGUGAAGGAGCCAGAGAUCACAACCCAAGGCAGCAAAGAGUGGUUGAAGUACCAGGAGGCCGAGUACAAGUUCUUUGAACACCACUCAACAUGGCUGCAGGCAAAGCGCAUCUGCAGCUGGUUCCAGGCUGAGCUGACGUCAGUGCACAGCAAGGCCGAGCUGCACUUCCUGGGCCAGAACCUGAAGAAGUUCUCCAGGGGCCAGGAGCAGCACUGGUGGAUUGGGCUGCACACCUACGAGAACGACGGGAGGUUCAAGUGGUCUGAUGGGUCCCUCCUCAACUUUGUCUCUUGGGCACCAGGCAAGCCUCGGCCCAUCAGCAAGGACAGGAAGUGUGUGUACAUGACAGCCAGCCGAGAGGACUGGGGGGACCAGAAGUGCAUGACAGCACUUCCUUACAUCUGCAAGCGAAGCAACGUGACAGCUGUGAAGCCUUCCUUGUUUCCGGUACCUGCUGCCACAAGUGGGGGCUGUCCCCAAGGCUGGCUGCCCUUCCUCAGCAAGUGUUUCAGCUUCAAUGGCCAUAACAAAGGCGAGAUAGUGAAGUGGCCAGAGGCGAAGCAGUUGUGUGAGAGCCAGGGCGCCAUCCUGGCCACCAUUGCCAGCCCCCUGGAGCAGGCCUUCAUCACUUCCAUGCUGCCCAACAUCUCCUUGGACCUCUGGAUUGGCCUGCACGAUGCCCAGGGGGAGUUCCAGUGGGUGGAGGGGGAGCCGCUGCAGCACGUGAGCUGGGCACCUGGAGAGCCCUCAGGCUGCAGCUCCUCCAGCUCCAAUGACAAGCCGACCAACUGCGUUGUGGUGUGGCAUGGCUCACCCCCCCUCUUCACGGGACGCUGGGAUGACCGGAGCUGCCUGGAGGAGAAACACGGCUAUGUCUGCCAGCGGAGCAUAGACCCGGCCCUGAGCCCUGCGCAGGCACCAUUCCCCCCUUCUCCUACUGGCACCCUCUUUUACCACAACAGCACUUACCGCAUCCUGCAGAAACCCCUCAGGUGGCACGAGGCGCUGCUGCUUUGCGAGACCCUCAAUGCCACCCUGGCCACCAUCUCCAACCCUUACAGUCAGGCCUUCCUCACACAGGCUGUCAGCAGCCUGCAGGCUCCGCUCUGGAUUGGGUUGGCCAAUGAUGAGGGAGGCCGGAGCUACUCGUGGCUGACAGAGGAGAAUCUCAUCUACACCAACUGGCAGGACGGGGAGCCCCAACAGAUCACUGGCUGCUCCUACAUGGACACGGACGGGAGCUGGCGCACAGCUGGCUGUGACACCAGGCUGCAGGGGGGCAUCUGUCAGUUCCAAACAGGUCACCCCCGCAUGCACAAGUGGACCUACAGUGGUAGCUGUCCCAAAUCGCUGGAGGACUCGUCCUGGAUCCCCUUCCGGGAUCACUGCUACACCUUCCACAUGGAGAUCACUCUUGGGCAGAAGGAUGCCAUGAAGAGGUGCCAGAAAGUUGGCGGCACAGUGUUGUCCAUCCAGGAUGAAAUGGAGAAUGUCUUUGUGUGGGAGCAUCUCCAGGCGUACGAGGGCCUUUCCAAGGGGGCCUGGCUGGGCAUGACCUUCAACCCCAAAGGUGGCACCUUGGUUUGGCAUGACAACAGUGCUGUGAACUACUCCAACUGGGGCCAGCACGACACGGGGCCCAGCAUGCUUAGCCAGAACAGCUGCUACUGGAUCCAGAGCAGCAACGGCGUGUGGCGUUUAGGCUCCUGCACAAACGUAACCAUGGGGGUCAUCUGCAAGAUCCCCCGAGUGGAGGAGAGCAGCUUUUCCAGGGCAGCUCUGCCAGAGAACACAACAACCGUCGCAGUGGUUGUGCUGUCCACACUGGCACUGUGCACCUUGCUGGGGGUCGUUGUCUUCCUGUACAAGCGCCGACAGGGCGCAGAGCGGGGCGCCUUCGAGAGUGCUCGCUACAGCCGCACCACCUCCAACCCCAGUGAAUCUGCUGAGAAGAACAUCCUGGUGUCAGACAUGGAGAUGAACGAGCAGCAAGACUAAUGGCAGAGGGGACGCUGGGGAUGGGGAUCUGGGGAGGGGGGAGGAUGGAGAGCAUCAUGCAUGCUAUCCCCAUGGUGCACGGGGCAGGGGUGGCAGCAGGACUGGUGUGGCAGGGCAGGGAGAGGGGCUGGGAUCAGGGUUGCGGUCCAGCCAGGUGGGCAAGAGGGAGCCAGGGUCCCUCCUGCCUGGCAUGUCACUGCCAUCACCUCUGGGCUUGUCCCCAGCUGCUGGGAUUUUGCCUGCAGCAGCUGUGGUGGCAGUUUCAGAGCUAAAAAGUUUUGAGAGAAGUUGCUGCACAAGUUUGAGAGCUUUCCAGUGGCAUGAACGGGCUCCAAGACACCUUUGCCUUGGGAGAAGGCAAGCACAGGGAUUCAGGGCCCUGCAGCAGGCUCUUCCCCCAGGAACCGAGCUGGUGUCCACGAAGACAUCCUCCCAGGCAAGAGGUCUCCAAAGCCGAUCUACCUCCCCUCUGUGUGCAGCGGCAAGGGCCCUGCCAGCUCCCAGCCCCACCACUGUGCCGCUCCUUCCCUCUCUUCGGCUUCAUCCCCGCCUCUAGCAGAAAGCAGACACACUGUUGCAGCGAUCCUAGCAUGGAGCCCCACAGGAUCAGCGAUGGAAUUCUCUCCUCCCUGGCACAUUCCUAGGGCUGUGUACAGCCCCAGGGAUGCUGUGGCAGCUUCCCUGUUCUGUAAGCCAGAGCUUGUCUCAUUUUCUUUGAUGUGUGUGUCCCCCAAAUAACUGCACGGGAGAGCACACCAGCAAAAUGCUGGCCCAGCCCCUCUGGUGGAGCGCCCUCAGCCCCCCGGAGCCCACAGGAGGAGUCGGGUGCUGGGGCAGGAGAUGCUGCCAGAGAUCUGGGACCACCCUCUGUGCCUUGUUGGGCAGGGAUGGCGUGGGGCUGGGGUCACUUGCUGCUGGUGCCUUGUUGGGCCCAGAAGGCUGAGGAUCAGUGCUCUAGAGUGGGGAGGAUUUGGGAAGUUUUGGUGGUUAUUUUGAAGUUGGUGGUUUGUUGGUUUUCUAAGGAAAUUAUGGUAGCUUUUGUUGCUAUACUGUACUGAGUGCGUGCUGAAUAUAUACGUUUUUUCACACA